AGCCACAAUGAAACGCUACCUUGCCCCUUCCGGACACGAGCGGCAUGCUCUUAUCAGCUCCUUGACAUGAGAAUGUCCCUUGAGACCUCUCAUACGGUAGAAUACGAGAUAACCAAGAGUUUGGGUCACUAAAAUAGCAAGAUAUUCGUUCGCUUGGCUGACUGGAGAUGGUGACUGUUACCUUGUGAUAAGUCGAGUGACGUCCAGGCUUGUUUAAAACACGAGCACCCUCUCUCAUUCCCCCAGUUGUCAUCGCCAAUAUUCUGGCAAAAACAGCAGCAAUGGAUACAUUAAGUCAACGCAAGAAAUCCACGGAUAAUCCCCCUGGCGAUGCGGAUGCGGACCACAAGGGGCCCGAGGCUGCCAUGUCUGGCGAGCUGAUUUCCGCUGGGUCGCAGCAUCUGCAUCGGAAGUUGGGAGGCAAGGAGAUUCAGCUGUUUGCUGUUGGCGGUGCUAUUGGGACUUCCCUCUAUGUGCAGAUGGGAGCGUCACUCCCCAAGGGCGGACCAGCCGGCCUGUUUCUGGGGUUUGUUCUCUACGGAACUAUUGUCCUUGCAGUCAAUCAGUGUUUCGCUGAAAUGGUCACCUACCUACCCAUCGCCUCGCCCUUUGUGCGUCUCGCCGGAUUCUGGGUUGAUGAUGCACUCAGCUUUGCUAUGGGCUGGAACUACUUCUUCCUCAUGGCCUUCAACAUUCCCUACGAAAUCACCGCAAUCCACGUUCUACUCACCUACUGGACGGAUAAAAUACACGUUGGCGUCGUCGUUGCUGUUUGUCUGGUCAUUUACGCUGUCCUCAACGGCCUGACGGUGAAGUACUUUGGCAUCUCGGAAUUCUACAUGUCCAUCUUCAAGAUCUUCCUCAUGCUCGGGCUGAUGAUGUACACCUUUGUCACGAUGGUCGGUGGGAAUCCGGAUCGGGAUCCGUAUGGGUUUCGGUACUGGAGGGAUCCUGGCUCCUUCGUCGAAUACCUCGUCCCCGGCGACACCGGCCGCUUCCUCGGUCUACUCUCCUGCAUGAUCCAGGGAUCUUUUACAAUGGUCGGCCCUGAAUUCAUCUCCAUGGCCGCCGGGGAAGCCGAAAACCCGCGCCGCCUGAUGGGCAAGGCCUUUUCCUCCUUCGUCUGGCGAUUGAUGUUCUUCUUCAUCGGCGGCGCCCUGUGCGUCGGGAUCGUCAUCCCCUACGACGACCAGAUGCUUGCAGAUGUCAUCUCGGGAGAUCGAGAGGGGAGCGGGACUGGUGCUGCGUCCCCCUACGUAAUCUCCAUGGUCAAAUUCGGCAUAAACGGCGUCCCCUCGCUCGUCAACGCGCUCAUCAUGACCUCCGUCCUGUCCGCCGGAAACAACGUCAUCUUCUCCGCAGCACGCACCCUCCACGGCAUGGCCCUCGACGGCAAAGCCCCGGCCUUUUUCGCAAAAUGCAACAAGUACGGACUCCCCUACUACGCCGUCAUCGCCGCGCUCUCCUUCUGCCUCCUUUCCCUCCUGCAGAUCGGCGAGUCGUCCGCAACGGUACUCAACUGGUUCGUCGGGAUCUGCACGGCGAGCUAUCUGCUGAAUUAUUUCGGCACGGUUAUCACCUAUCUCCAUUUUUACUACACGAUGAAGAAACAGGGAAUGGACCGUUCUACCCUCCCGUAUCGCGGGUACUUGCAGCCCUACGCGGCGUGGUACGCUCUUGCCGGAACAUUCCUCAUGACGCUGGUCCUGGGCUACACGGUCUUCAUCGACGGGAACUGGGACACGACGACGUUCUUCACGAGUUAUACGAUGGUCGGGUUUUUUAUCGUCGCGUUUGUGUUUUGGAAGGUCGUCCGCCGGACACGCUAUGUUCGGCUCGGCGAGGCGGAUUUGAAACUCGGGUCCACCAAGGACGAUAUUGAUCUGUAUGAGGCGCUUUAUGAGAAGCCGGUCCGAGGAAAAGUCGGAAGUUAUUUUAAUGGGUGGUUUGAGUAGCGGAAUAUUUCCUUUUUCCUUGUUCUCUUCUUUCUUUUUGUUGUUGAGUCUGGCUUGUUUGGAGGAUGGUUCGGUUGUCGAUUGCGGGAGGAGGU